CACCUCCACCGUUGCGGCGCAUCCUCUGACAUCUUCGUCUAGGAUUGUCUCAAAAAAAGAAAAAUCUUCGUCUAGGAUUAGGUUAAUGCAAAACCGCCUCCCCGGAGCUUCCAGAACCUUUCGGGAGGAGGGGUGCGAUGUGGCACGAGGCGCGGCGGUCGGAGCGGAAGGUCCACGACCUCAUGGACGGUGCGCGGCGCCGGGCCCAGCGGCGCUACGCCUACCUCGCCCGCCGCCGCGGCGAUCCGCACCAGUCCCUCCAGGUCUCCGGCGCCCGGUGCCGCGUCCACCGCGACGACUCACUAUAUCAGGCCACCGAAGACCAGCAGGGAUUGAUACCAUGGAACGGGAAACAAGAUAUUCUGAUUGACAGAUUUGAUGGCCGUGCACUACUUGACUUCAUCCGUGACUCUAGCUCUCGGUCUUUUCAAACUCAGGAAAAAUCUGAAGAAGAGGAGGAGCUAGAGGAUUUUGUUAAUUUUGAACGUUACCGGGACUUGAUUAAGCAUCGUCGUAGAGGAUUUUCUGAUGAGGCGGGUUUACAACAUGUUGCGCAAGAGUUGGAAGCAAAAGCUAUUCUUCCUUUUAGCUUUGAGAAAUCUCAAUCAUCACAGGCUCCAGUUAGCAAAGGUGCUUAUUCGCAGGUUGGAUACUCAUAUAAAGGGGAUGGAAAUGAACAUUCUGAUGAUCUGCCCAGUGAUGAUGAAGAUGAAGAGGAAGGAGAAGAGGAUGGCAAGGACUUCAGUAGUGAUGAUAGCAGUGAUGAGCAAAUGGAAAACUUAGCAAAAGAAUUUGGCAUAAAAAGAUAUAACUGGCUUGUUUACAUGGACAAAAAGGUCAAAGAAGAGGAGAAGCGGCAUAAAGAAAUUAUUAAAGGCGACCCAUCCAUUAAAAAAUUGAGUCGGAGAGAUAGAAGGAAGGCUUCUCAAUCUGAGAGGGAGCGAGAGAGGGAGGCAGUACGUUCUGUUGGAAGGGUAUCUUAUCGUGACCCUUAUAGGGAACAAAGGAGAAGCCCAUCAUAUGAAGCAUAUUCAAGAGGCAGAAGAUCAAGGUCGCGGUCAAGAUCUCAUUCACCUUCAUCCAGACGUCAUACCCGUGGUACACAUGCUGAAAGUAAUUACCGAAGCAAGGCUAAGCCUCCAAGAGUUGAAUACAUCACUGAAUUUGGAGGUUCAGAAGACGCCAGUGAUCUAAAAGUUACAGGGAUCUCUCCGCCUUCGUCUCCAAUACGAGCUGACAUACCUAACCGGUCAUCAGGUGUCCAUAUUCUGGAGGCACUUCACAGUGAUCCUGCAUCUUCUUUAUCCAUGGAACAGGAAAAAAGUGCUAAAAUUUUGAAACCACCUGCCAGCACAUCAUCAGCACUAGCGAAACUAAAGGGUGCUUCUGGAGGACUUGGUAAAACUCCCCAGGCUGAAAAGAAAGAAACACCACAGGAACGCCUUAAAAGGAUAAUGAGCAAACAGCUUAACAAACAAAUUCGAAAAGAUACUGCUGCUGAGACUGCAAAGAAACGAGAACAGGAACGGCAAAGGCAGGAAAAACUUGCAGAAGUAGGUCGACACAGGCUCCGUAGCAGGAGUAGAAGUCUUAGCCGUUCACCAAGAAAGCGGCAUUAUAGCAGAAGCCGUAGUAGGAGCCGAAGCCCAAGAAGAAACCCUUCACUUUCACUGUCUCGUUCAAGGUCACCCUCUCACUCUCCAAGGUACAGAAGCAUAUCAAGGCACUAAAAGUAUCUCAGAGCUCAUUGGUUGUCUAUGGCGCCUGGUGCUUCAUUUUAUUUACUUAGGCUUCCUGGUGCCCUGUUACUUAUGUACCGAUCAGCUUAUGUACCGAUCAGCGAAGUCCUGGAUCCCAUAAUUGUUGAUAGGGUAGAGUCAGUGUAUUUACUAUUGUGAUAUUUAUGAGCAGAAUAUCAUCCAAGAGGUGCGUGACUCUUGAUUUUUUUUA